AUGAAUAAUUUAGACGAGCUAUUUUUGUGUGGUAUAUUUGAAUGUAUAUAUACUGAGGAUUAUGGUGAGAUAAAACACAUAUCACCAUCAUCAUCGUUUUAUGAGAGUUUAAGCUUAGAUAAAUGCCCAAAAUAUAUAAAUCCUUAUUAUUUAGACAUAACAUUUGAUGGGAUAAAGAAGAUUGAAAAUCAAUUCCAUAUUGUAUUAAGAUUUAAUAAUACAUCAAAUGUAAUAUCCAUAAAACUACUGAAAAUGUAUAUUCUAUAUGUUGGAAUGCCAGUCCAAAUUAAUCAGUUAGGCUGUCAUUUGCUUAGUAAAUCAAAUAUUUGGCAAAAAAAUGAAAAGAGAGCUAGUCUUUCGGGGUCUUCAGUAAAUCCAGAACCACCAUAUUAUAGAAGUAUAAGGAUUGUUGUGAAACUCAUGGGUGAAGAUCAAUUUGGAAAAUCAGAUGUAAAUAAUGAUGAAUUUAAUAAAACUAGUUUUUACAAUUUUAGGAUAUUAGUAGAUUACAGUAUUAGUUUGGAUAACUUGAAAUUAUAUUUAAAGAAAAGACAAGCUUUUUCCAGUAUAGUUAUGCAGCCCAAAGAAAGCUCUACCAAGAAUGAAGAUAUUGAAGAGUUAUCUGAAUAUGAUGAUGAUAGUUAUUCAACUGAAGAUUCGCCAUUACCAACUAUGGGCCAUCGAUAA